AUGGAGGUGUGUCAAGGUGAGGUUUAUGAUGAUGUACAAUGGCCACAAAUAACAAUAGGUGAUACAGCCAGCGCUGACUGCAAGCCAGGUUACGCAGGUGUAGCCACUCGAUACUGCGGCUCGGACGCAAGCGGCAACGCAACAUGGUCCGACCCAUCUUACGUGAAAUGCAGUAAAGAUCAACUUAACACAUUGCUGGACCAGGCUGAAGCCAUGAAUGAUGGUUACGCCGAGUCGGCCCCAGACGCCAUAUUGGAUGAGCUCGCGACUAUCACGACAUCUAACGGCGAGGAGAACACUCCUGGAGACCUGACGCUGACCGUUGCUAUACUGAAUAGCGUGACGUACUAUUGGGACGAGAACACUAUCGGCGUAACUUCCAAACAAGAAGUAAAGGAUUUCGUGAGCAUCGUUUCUGAUGUGUCUGAUCUAUCUCAGAAAGAUAACUGGGGUCAAAUCGAUGAGGAAGUAUCGACGAGCGUCAAAUCAUUAUUGACGAACAUGGAAAGUCUUUCCAAAGCAGUUGUAUCUGGUAUUAAACCAGGAGAUGGACCCUUCUCAGUUACCGAUGACAACCUUGCUUUGUACGUGGAGGCGGCCACAGCUGAUAAAACUACAAGGCGGAUAGAGUACGCUGACUAUAUAUUUCCAAAUUCCAAUAUGGAACCGGGAUGGAACUGGGUGACGGAUAGCAAUACUACGGUGACGAUACGUGGCGAAACGCUGAGCGCUAUGGUCUCCGAGGACUGGGAUGAAGCCAAGGAUGCUAUUGUUCUUACUUCUACCAUGUACAGGACGAUGCACGAACUUCUUUCAUGCAGCAAGGGCACGCCUACAGAUGUCAUCGUCUCAUUUCUAGUUGACGUCACGACAACAAUAAAACACACUGAUGAUCUAUCAGCGAUUAGGCACCAGAGCCUACUACCGCCGGCGAAACUAGAUUUUCUACAUCAGAAGAAUCUUGAAAGUCUUGACUUUGACAAUCCAGUGCGGAUGUGCAGCGUUCUGGCCGAUAACACGUCAUCAGCGGGGGACAACUGGUUGCAAGAAGGAUGUAAAAUAAUCGAAACUGGCGAAAAUCACACGGUUUGCGAAUGCGAACAGACAGGCACUUUUGCCAUACAACUAUCUGAUGUUGUGCGAUAUGAGGAAUUGAACAUAGUGACAUUAAUUGGAGCUAUAAUAUGCAUUGUUAGCUCCAUGCUGACUAUUGUAUAUUUUAUGAUUCGCAUGAGCUCAGCAAACAUGGAUGAGAAUAACGGACACAUUGUCAGCCUCUGCGUCAGUCUUACACUAGCCAACGGAAUGUUUAUCGCCGGAGUCUAUAUUGUACCAGGGGACGAUGUCGUCUGUAAGCUAACAACGGUGGCCUUAAUGUACCUCUAUCUUGUCGUAUUUACCUGUUUGAUACCACUCAUCGUACAGCCGAUUGUCAGUAUAACUUACGACAUACACCAGACUUCAAAAGGGUCUAGGUCUAUCAUGCUGUGGCUUAUCGCUCUAACGUGGGUUUUACCAGGAAUUCCGACUGCAUUCACUGCAGUCUUUGCUGAUAUCACCUCCCUCCACGGCAAGCUUUAUUGCUGGUUAUCACUUCAAACUGAUCUCAUGUGGGCUACAAUUGGACCGAUCAUAGCGAUCUACGCGGUGAGUUUUGUUCUGUUUAUUGGAGCUGUGGUGCGAAUUUAUGGAUCGGACAACGUUCUUCCGAGACUAACUUCACGACGCGCCACUUACUGGAUCUCAGGAUUCUGGAUUCUAUUCAUGCUGCUCUAUCCAACUUGGCAAUUUGGAGUUAUAGCGACCAAUGACAACAACGUCGUCAUAUAUCACUGGCUUUACGGUCUACUUAAUUCUAUUUUGGGAAUUUUCAUCUUUCUCUACUACGCGGUGCUGAAUCCACAGAUCAAUGAUGCACCUGACUCAGUCAAGGGCGAUGAUGAAUCCAUACACCAUACAGACACAGUACAUUUGGAAGACGCAUUUGGAAGCAUGAAAUCCUUAUACGAAGACAGGUCAAGAGCAUUCGAAUCGCAUAACCGUGCCAGCGCCGGAGAUACUCCUAAAUACGUGAUUACCCAUCCUGACCUGGACAUGGAUGGAUAUUUCGACAUCAGCGUGACCGAUACCACCAGGCCGGAACCGUAUGUCGCUAGUUUUCCAGUAGGGUCGUGCAAAUACGGAGAAGUUCACAUAAAAGAAAGCUGGAUUCCGCGAGCGCAUCUGGGUCCUCAUUAGCGCGUUUUCUUAGCUUACUGUAAAGUUUGUCGAUACGUUUCUACGAAAUAAACGAUGGUUCUUGU